AUGAAUUUCUUGUCUCGUCUUCAUUUCUUCUCCUCUCCUUUCUCUCACGCUCCCCCUGCUUCAUCUUCUUUCUCGUCCUCGUCUUCUUUCUCCUCUGCUCGUGAAGGCCUGCUUUGGGAAUGGCUUGAGAGACCGCGCAACUGGUGGCGGCGGUCGCCGCUGGGCGUCAAGGGCGCCUUGGCGUUUGCGCUCACGGCGCCGCCUCUCUUUUUCCUGUAUCGCCUCCAGAGAGACCGUUCCGUCUCCGCGGUCCACAAGCAGGCGAUCCGCGACCGUGUGUUCAUGGACUUCGCGCUCGGCGGCCGAUACAUUGGCCGCGUCUUGAUCGGCCUCUACUCGGACAGAGUCCCGCUGUCAGUCGAGAACUUCAUCCAGCUCUGCGAAGGCUACAGAGUCCAAGACAAGGUCAUCGGCUACCGAAAUACUCCUGUCCACCUUGUCAAGCGAGGCGUCAACUUGACGGCUGGCGACGUCCUUUCAGGCACCGGAGUCGGGAAGCUCUCCAUCUACGGACUUACCUUUCCCGACGAGAAUUUCGACAUGCAGUUUAUUCAGGACGGGGAUGUUGCGCUCAUGAAUUCUGGCCCGAGCACAAACAACUCUCAAUUCAUCAUCACGUUCAAUGCGCUCACGCCGCUCAACCGGAACUACGUCGUCAUCGGGACUGUCCUCAAGGGGAUGCGCGUCAUCAAGCAGAUCGAGGAAGAAGCAGGAAGCAAAACAGGAGCUCCGAUGCAACCGGUCAGAAUCAUCAACUGUGGGCUGUACCGCGGCCUUCAAGACGGACCGCCGUUCUUCGCGAAUCCAGAUCUCCUCGACCGCUACGGGGAAACGCGCGUCUCGGAGGCCGACUUCCUCGCGCUCAAACCGGAGGAACAAGAAAAGCUGGUGGAGGCCUCCAAGGCGGUGGUUAGUUCCACGAAGGCGACAAAGUGACAUUUCCUUUUCGUUGCUCGAAAGGAACAUUCAGUUCUCUUCUUGUCCCAGGCUCCGCGAGAAAGCCUCAAACGCUUAGGACACAGCGGGUGCACAGGCCGCAGACUCGAGUUUGCUUUUUUGCAGGAAGGCCUUUGUUCCUCUUGUACACAUCCUCUGAUCGCCUUCUAAAG